CCUUCUCUUCUCCUUCUUUAUUCUUUGAUAAGAAAUGGCUUUUUUAUCUUCUAGCUUUUCCUUCACUCAAAUCUUCUUCGUCUGCCUCUUCUGCUUCUUUCUAGUUGGUUCUGCCACCUUAUCUCCAACUUUCUAUGCAUCUUCAUGCCCUAAAGCUCUCUCCAUCAUUCAAACUGCGGUCAAGGCCGCAGUGGCCAAAGAUAAGCGCAUGGGGGCAUCGUUGGUCCGCUUGCAUUUCCAUGAUUGCUUUGUUAAUGGUUGCGACGCUUCAGUUCUAUUAGACGAUACUUCAAGUUUCACUGGUGAAAAGACUGCUGGUCCCAAUGCGGGCUCCUUGAGAGGCUUUGAUGUGAUCGACGAAAUCAAAUCUCAAGUUGAGAGGGUGUGUCCAAAUGUCGUGUCUUGUGCAGACAUCGUGACGGUUGCUUCUCGUGAUUCAGUUGUUGCGCUGGGUGGGCCAUCAUGGACGGUGCCAUUAGGGAGAAGAGAUUCGACCACAGCGAGUUUAAGUACUGCCAAUAGUGAUCUCCCUGGGCCUGCUUCAAGCUUGAGUAACCUAAUAUCUGCCUUCGCAAAAAAGGGCCUCAAUACUAAGGAAAUGGUGGCCCUUUCUGGAGCCCAUACCAUAGGCCAAGGAAGGUGCACCACUUUCCGGGCCCGAAUCUACAACGACACCAACAUCGAUUCGGCUUUCGCUACAUCAUUGCAAUCAAAGUGUCCAAAGACAGGCGGCGAUAACAACCUCGCACCACUCGAUGCUUCUCCGGAGGUUUUCGACAUCGGUUACUAUAAGAACUUGAUCAUAAAAAAGGGUCUCUUCCAUUCAGAUCAAGAACUCUUCAAUGGCGGGUCCACUGAUUCUCAAGUCAAGACAUAUAGCACUAGUUUGGCGACGUUCUUCGCUGAUUUCACCAGUGCCAUGAUUAAUAUGGGGAACAUCAGUCCUCUCACUGGAUCCAAUGGUGAAAUCAGGACCAAUUGUAGGAAAACCAAUAGUUAAGUGGGGUUGGUGGUGGGCCGGAACUGGGCCUAGAGUAGGCCCAUCUCGUCCUGCUCAUAUA